AUAUGUGUUUUUGCCACUGAGUAUCAGUGUAAAACAGGUAAUACACUGAUACCAAUCUAAUCCAACAGUAUUAGACCAUGAGGUUCCCUGCUGUUUAAUCCCUAUCCAUUUCAAUGUAGGUGUCAGUUGAGUGCACUGAAAAUCACCAGCUGUGUAUACUAUAAUCUCCCCUACACCCAGUCUGAACCAAUACCAAUCUAUCUUCAUUUAAAUAGCAGAGAACAAGAGGGCCAGUGUUUGUUUCUGGUCAGAGCAGAGGUGCACCAGACUAGGAUUGAGUGGGUCCCCUCACAUGAGAGCGCAGAAGAAGAAGAAAAAGAGUCUGUGGAAGAGAAAGAAAAUAACAAAGAACCAAGUAGGGAUCGAGCAAAAUAACAGACAGAGAGGGAAGAAAUAGAGAGAAAAUUAGAGGACAACGAUCCCGAAACACAGGAGAGAUGGGCAACAGGAAAAGUGUCUCCCCGUCCAAGGACCUCCUGGAGGAGCUGAAACUGAACACCAAGUACAGUGAGGAGCAACUAUGUACCGGGUACUUACAAUUCUGGUCAAAAUAAAUACACUUUCUGGGAGAGAAAGGUGUCAUUUGAGACGUAGCUGUUUGAUCCCAUCUUUAUGUCGUCCUCUAUAGGUACCAGACCUUCCUGAGAGAGUGUCCCAGUGGGCGAAUCAGCAAGCAGCAGUUUGAGGCCAUCUACGUCAAAUUCUUCCCCGACGCAGACCCCAAGGCUUAUGCACGCCACGUCUUCAGGAGCUUCGAUUCCAACAGUGAUGGGAUGCUGGACUUUAAGGAGUACAUCAUGGCCCUGCACUUGACCUCCUCUGGGAGGACCAUACAGAAACUGGAGUGGGCGUUCAACCUGUACGAUGUCGACCGCAACGGAAGCAUAACCAAGAAGGAGAUCCAGGAGAUCGUCGAGUCAAUAUUCAACAUGAUCUCCAAAGAGGACCAGAAGAAUCUUCCUGAUGAUGAGAACACACCAGAGAAGAGAGCUGAUAAAAUCUGGGACUCCUUCGGCAAGAAAGAAAAUGAUAAGCUAACAGAGGAGGAGUUUAUCCAGGGAGUGAUGGACAACAGAAACAUCCUCAGACUGGUGCAGUUUGGCCAGCCACAGAAGGUACAGGAGAGACUAAAGGAGAUGAAACAUUAGCAGCUGACAUCGCCAUCUUUUUGUCUUCUUUUUUUUCUCACUUCAACUUUAUACAUCCAGGUUAGUUUCACUGGGACAAAACAUUCACAUCAAGAAAGACCUGAAGCUUGCAUUGUUUGUUGUUAAGUUUGUAACAUAGAACUUGUUCAAGUGUGCCGUUGGAACGGCACGUUUAUAUGGUGUCUUUUGUGUCAUUGCCGUAUAUACAUUUUUAUGAUUUAGUAAUCAAUAGCAGAGAUUUGUUUCAAACACAAAAUUCCCUUUAAUGUAUAUAUUCCUUUCAGGAUACAUUUUAGAUAUGACAAAUACAUGAUAAUACCCACAUCAUGCACAUUACUGUAAGACUUAUCCUUCACACUGUACUUUGUCAAAGACCAAUUUUAGUAUGUUCAAUACCAACACUUACCUGUCAAUGCUCUACUGUUUUGGGUGUAUUAAAUAAUGUUUA